AACGCAAAAGAUAAGAAGAGACAAAUGAAGCAAUCUCGAAGCGAAGCUCCAAGCAUGGAGCUAACUCUACACAUUUGCUCAUUUCCUCGCAGUCUCUACCCUUGCAACAAUAUAAUCCCAUCUCGGGAAACUCAAUUUCGAUUAGCAAGGUUACGAAGGAAGAGUAGUUUCAGUUGUAGGAACAGUAACAACUCAAGCCUUCUAUUCGCAGAGAAAGAGCAACAACAACUUUGGAGUGGCCAACAACAACUUGAAUUAGAUGAAGAAGAGGAAGAAGAAGUGUCUGAGGAUGAUGCGUCGUCGUUUCUGUCUCUUAAUGUGAAACCAGACAGGAACAUGGCGUUGCUUGACGACUACGAGAUGGAAGAACUUGACUAUACCUCUGACCCUAACCAUAAAAGCGGGUAUGUGGCUGUACUUGGGAAGCCAAAUGUUGGUAAGAGUACGUUAGCCAACCAAAUGAUCGGUCAGAAGCUGUCAAUUGUUACAGAUAAGCCUCAAACGACUAGACAUCGUAUUCUUGGUAUUUGUUCUGGUCCAGAGUAUCAGAUGAUACUAUAUGAUACUCCUGGUGUUAUUGAGAAGAAAAUGCACAAGUUGGAUUCUAUGAUGAUGAAGAAUGUUCGUAGUGCUGGGAUUAAUGCUGACUGUGUUGUAGUUCUUGUUGAUGCAUCUAAAGCUCCCCAAAAGAUUGAUGAAGUGUUGGAAGAAGGUGGUGGGGACAUGAAAGAUAAGUUGCCUAUUUUGCUGGUAUUGAAUAAGAAGGAUCUGAUCAAGCCUGGUGAAAUUGCAAAAAAGCUUGAGUGGUAUGAAAAAUUUACAGAUGUUGAUGAGGUCAUACCUGUGAGUGCAAAAUAUGGUCAUGGUGUCGAAGAUGUCAAAGAUUGGAUUUUAUCGAAACUUCCUGUUGGGCCAGCUUACUAUCCAAAGGACAUCGUUAGUGAGCACCCAGAGAGAUUCUUUGUAGCUGAGAUUAUUAGAGAAAAGAUCUUUAUGCAAUAUCGUGAUGAGGUCCCUUAUGCAUGUCAGGUGAAUGUUGUAAACUACAAAACUAGGCCAACUGCGAAAGAUUUCAUACAGGUGGAGAUUGUUGUAGAGAAGAACACACAAAAGAUAAUCCUUAUAGGAAAAGGAGGGAAGGCUCUAAAACUACUGGCAACAGCUGCUCGGCUUGACAUUGAAGAUUUUUUACAGAAGAAGGUUUACCUUGAGAUUGAAGUUAAAGUAAAGGAGAAUUGGCGGCAAGAUGAAGGGCUUUUGAAGUACUAUGGCUAUGGGGGAAAAAUCCGGGCACUGUAAUAUGGAGUUUUGUCAGUUCCGGAAUGCUAUCAAUUUUGAUUUGAGAUUGUUGAUUAAUAUAGUAAUAGAAUGGUUUCAUCAAAUAUGGGUUGUAGUUUUCAUGUUCUCCGCUGAUCUUGGUCUUGGAGGUCUAACAUGAUAAUAAGGUUGUUAUGUAGGAGGCAUAAAGUGGAGCAAAGGGUUUAAGCUGAAGCCCAGUUCAGCAUCUGGGCUACAACUCUUUAUAAGGAUAGCUGGAGAAAGCCC